UUUUAGAGGGAGGGCUGGAGGGUGGGGGGAGAGGGCAGGAUGGAGGUAUUUGUGGCCAUAGACAGGACGUUUUGCCUUGUGCUCAUCUUUGGGGAGCAUUGAUAAAUGUUUGUCUCUUUCCUGGAGACCUCCCAGAACCUCCUCACUUUCAGGGAACCAGAGUGGUGGGGGUGUGGGGUGAAGAUAUGUGGGCAGGAUAGGCGUGCACUAGGCGGAUGUAGGACCAAAUAGCAGUAACCUUGUUGCUGGCCAGGAAUUGGGACAAAUAUGACUUAACAGACUUGGUUUGGGAAAUUAAAAAUUUAUAAAAAGGGAAAGAAGUUAAAGCCACUAUCCUGAAAGGCAGCGGGAAAGAAGACUACUAUUAGGAGCUCUAGUAAUGUUUGCUCCCACUUAGGAAAAGUUGUAUCCAAGGCACAAUAUCUGAGUUAUUCUGUUCCUGCCACGCUUCUACUGCAGCUCCUCAGAAGCAGCCCUGUCUGCAGAUGAAUUGUAAGUUAAAUAUAAGACAACAUCAUGCAGAGAUUAAAGAAGAACCCUUUAUAUCUCUGGCUCAUGCAUCAAAAAAAUAAUAAAGUUAUGGAUUCCUCUAUAGGAUCUGCUGACAACAGUGACGACAAGAGAAAUGAUUCCAAUGAAUUCAUAUCAGGAACCUCUAAUGAAGCCAUCACUGAAAGAAGUCAGAAUGCUCGAGGGUCAUCUUUGGUGUCCCCUGGCCACAAUACCAACAAUAGCCCAAACCAUCAUGAAUUGGCAUCAGACUCCUAUGAGGAAGUCAGCAAUGAAAUCCCUACCCCAAGUGAAUUGACAUUGGAAACCUAUGAGGAAUUCUCCAAUGAAAUCACUGCCCUGUCUGAAUUGAUAGCACAGAGCUAUGACACCACCAGUAAAAUUCCUGCCCUGAGUGAAUUGACAGCAGUAUCCUCUGAAGGACUCUCCAGUGCACACACUGCUCUGACUGAAUUGAAAUCAGACAACUAUGAGGAAGUCAUCAGUGAAAUUCCUGCCCUGAGUGAAUUGACAGCAGUAUCCUCUGAAGGACUCUCCAGUGCACACUAUAAUGCAAAUGAAUUGGAAAAAGUAGCCUGUGUUAGAGCCACCAAGGAAAGUAUAAUAGAACGACUCUCCAGAAUCCCUGAUGAUGGUGAAGACAUUGUCUUUCUCAAUUCAUAUGACAACUUGAUUAAGAGAGUGGUAUACUCACUUGUAUCAUCACUCAUGUUCAGAAUAUUUGGAAUUUUGCUGAUCUUUGUGGAUCUAUCCCUCAUCAUCACAGAUCUACUUUUCACUGAGAGAACAAUGCAUAUUCCUUUGGAAUAUCGUUCAAUUUCUUUAGCUAUUGCUUUAUUUUUUUUCUUCGAUGUUCUUCUUCGAGUAUAUGUAGAAGGGAUUCAACGAUAUUUUUCUGAUAUACUUAACUACUUAGAUGCUGUCAUUAUUGUAGUGACUCUACUGAUUGAUAUAAUUUAUAUGUUUUAUGACUUUAAGUUUCUUAAAACUAUUCCCAGAUUGACAAUUUUAUUUCGACCUCUACGACUUAUCAUUCUGAUAAGAGUUUUUCAUCUGGCUCAUCAAAAGAGACAUCUUGAAAUGCUGACCAGAAGAAUGGUUUCAGGAAACAAACGGCGAUACAAAAAGGAUGGAUUUGACUUAGACCUCACUUAUGUUACUGAGCGUAUUAUUGCCAUGUCAUUCCCAUCUUCUGGAAAGGAGUCUUUCUAUAGGAAUCCCAUUAAGGAAGUUGUGCGGUUCCUAGAUACCAAACAUCAAGACCACUAUCAAGUCUAUAAUCUAUGCAGUGAAAGAGCUUAUGACCCUAAGAACUUCCAUUACAGGGUCCGGCGAGUCAAAAUUGAUGAUCACAAUGUCCCCACUCUAAGUGAGAUGGUGGCAUUCACUAAGGAAGUAGAUGAGUGGAUGGCUCAAGAUGACGAAAACAUCGUAGCGAUUCAUUGUAAGGGAGGCAAAGGAAGAACUGGAACUAUGGUUUGUGCCUACCUUAUUGCCAGUGAAAUAUUUAUAACCGCAGAGGAUAGCCUUUACUAUUUUGGAGAACGGCGAACAGAUAAAAGCACCAGCACUAAAUUUCAGGGAGUUGAAACUCCUUCUCAGAAUAGGUAUGUUGGAUAUUUUGCAGAUGUGAAAAAUAUCUACAAUAUGACUCUCCCUCCAAGAAAAACACUCAAGAUAAAAAAAUUCAUUAUUUAUUCAAUUCAUGGUGUUGGAAAAGGCAAUGGAAAUGAUCUAAAAGUACAAGUAAUAAUGCAGCACAAGAUCAUCUUUUUCUGUUCUGCUUCUAAAAACUGUCAGAUAUUUCAUGAUGUUGAAACAGACAGUGUAAUAAUUCAGCUAUCCAACUGCCCACCUCUGUAUGACGAUGUCAAAGUGCAAUUUUUCUCUUCUUCGGAUCUUCCUAAAUACUAUGACAACUGCCCAUUUUUCUUUUGGUUCCACACAUCUUUUAUACAAAAUAACAGGCUUUAUCUUCCAAGAAGCGAAUUGGAUAAUCCCCAUAAACAAAAAACAUGGAAAAUUUACCGUCCACAGUUUGCAGUCGAGAUGUAUCAAGCAGAGCAGAGGCCUCACUGGGCAGACAGAAGGAACCCCAGGGCCACAUGGGGUGGCAGCUCCACAGUGUCACCUGGGAGGAAAGGACCUGGAGACAUCAGGCAAAAAGCAAUGGUGCUCAAGUCAGAGUCUGGUGUCUACUGCUGGUGCUGCCCAAGGUGGUUAUGAAGAUCCAGGUGGCUGAGGGAGGUACAUGGAAAGAACCUGAAUUCUGGAUUUGACGCAAUCCACUGGGUAAACAGCAAGCCAGAGGCAGACUCCACCAACUCCACCACUUAACAUCAAAGGGACAGGGCCUAGAGGAGGAAAUUAGCAAACAGCACUUUGUCUCAAGAACAGCAUUUCCAGAGGUUAAUGUAGUAGUGGCUACAGGGUACAAAUAAAAAUGCCGAUGCUUGGGAUGCCUCAGUGGCUGAGUCGGUUGAGUGUCUGCCUUCGGAUCAGGUCAGGAUCUCAGGUCAUAAUCCUGGGGUCCUGGAAUGGAGCCCCGCGUCAGCCCCCUGAUUAGUGGGG